AUGGAUCCUUCAGAAAACCUCGUUCUUUAUUAUCUUCGUGCGCAUGGUCUCUUUUCUUUGUCUCUCUUCUCUUCGGAGCAACGUGCAAAUCAGUGCGAGAUUCCUGGGGUUCGUAUCCUCGAUCUUCUGGGUGAUCUCGCGACAACCAGAGCGAAUUUUCAGUCGAAUAUCGCGAAGAUAUCAUUCGACUUCUGGAUCGUUGCGAUUUCUGAGAACUGCUUUCGAAAACUGCGCGAGUCACUGUGUUUUGUGGACCCCAUCCUAUUCUAUCUCAAUCAUUUUUUGUUCAUAUUAUUAUUAUUAUUAUUAUUAUUAUUAUUAUUAUUAUUAUUAUUAUUAUUAUUAUUAUUAUUAUUAUUAUUAUUAUUCAUUGCAGUUUAUUUUGUUCCUCGCAUGUUUCUCCAAACUCCUCUAUCCUAA